AAUUGUUGCUUUCAUUUUGAUCAAAAUUGUUAAAUCAUUCUCUAUCGAAGAUUUUGUUGAACUUUAUCUGUGACAACAUGCUCAACUGUGAGAGAGUAUCUCUUCUUCCUAAUGGGGGCUUUAGCUUUGAAAACUGCAGGAGGAACAACAUCCUUAAAGAUGAUCUCUGUAAACUAGGAUACAAGGCACCUAAGCCAACAAAAACUGGAACAACAAUUGCAGGCCUUGUCUUUAAGGAUGGUGUCAUCCUAGGAUCAGAUACAAGGGCCACUGAUGACAUGGUUGUUGCUAACAAGAAUUGUAUCAAGAUUCAUUACAUCACACCUAACAUCUAUUGUUGUGGUGCUGGUGUAGCAGCAGAUGCUGAGAUAACAACCCAGUUGAUCUCCUCCAACAUGGAACUGCAUGCUCUAUCCACAGGCCGCCAGCCCCGUGUUGCCACUGUAAACCGAAUGAUAAAGCAGAUGUUGUUUAGGUACCAGGGACACAUUGGAGCCUCCCUUUUGGUAGGUGGGGUAGACUUCACUGGACCUCACAUCUACAGCAUUCAUCCUCACGGUUCAACAGACAAAGUACCUUUCACUGCCAUGGGAUCGGGAGGUUCAGCGGCCAUUGCAGUACUGGAAGAUCGAUUCAAGGCAAAUAUGGAGAUGGAAGAAGCGAAGCAGUUGGUGAGAGGUGCCAUCUUAGCUGGUAUACUUGGUGACCUCGGCUCUGGCAGUAAUGUGGACCUCUGCAUCAUCACCAAGGACAAUGUGGAAUUUAUCCGGCCAUUUGAUGUUCCCACAAAACGUGGAGUCAGGCAAGGAAAAUAUCAAUACAAGAGGGGCACUACAGCCAUCACAUCUGAGAGCGUCACACCACUGGAACUGGAGCUUGUCGAGGAAGUUGUGCACAGCAUCGAUAUGGAGUAAUUUGGGAUGACACAAAACACUAGUGUGCUAACGUUUGUUGAUUUGCAAAGGGUUAUAAGUAUUUUUAAAGCAGUGGGGAAGGAAAGCUUACUUUUAUCUCUGUUACUCUCUUUUUUCAUUAACAUUUUUUAUUUUGCAACACCCUGUCCUAACUUAUGUGGCUUAUAUUUAAUAAACAUGAAUUUUGACUACUUCACAAGAGAUAUAACAAUGUUUACAUGUUCUGUGCAAUAUCAAGCUCCUCUUCAAACCUCCCUCUAGAAUUCACUUGAAAGUCAUAUGAAAACCACAAAGGUAAAUAAAAUGUUGUUUUUCCCCAUAAACUGCAUAAACCCACCAGCUUCACUGUCACAGAGGGACAGAUUCCUGACUGUAACUCAGAUUAUGUGAGUUCGAUUAGUGGUUUGGCAUCCUACUGGAGGUGCCAUAGGGAGAGAGUAGAAUGAAGAGGCUUUAUCUGCUAGCACCCCCCCCCAGAGAGAGGGUGGAGACAUGUGGUGGCACAUAGCGGGCAUGACUGCCACCAAAAGCAAUCUAAGAAGUAUGGUCUGUAUGUGCCUAUAGCAGCUCUCUGACCUGCUCAUCAUUUGUGUACCUAUUUUUGCCAGGCUGGCAACCUUGUUGAGCAGGGUUAAAAUGUUGAUAUCCCACUCCCAAACAAUGUGGGUAAAGAUAAAUAAGAUUCAUGGGGCAUGUCAUGCUGCCAUGGAUGUUCAGCACACAACUCACACAUACCAACUUGUCCAAAAUGUUUUUGUUUUUCAAAAAUAGAAUUUCUAAUUAAUUUUGAACAGAAAAAAUAUAUUUUUUUCUUUUAUAUUUGCACUAUUUUAUUUUGAGCCUAGUCUUAUUGUAGUGUGGCUUCUUCAAUAAAAUAAAAUAUGUUAUUUUAAAUCUGUUGAUAACA